AUGGCUCCUAUUGCGAUGCACAUUCGGUCGCUCGCCAAACGGGAGACGGAGUAUGCCUUUGCCCCGUUUUGGAUCGUGCUCCUUGUACUGCUCGGGGCUGGAUUCGCUGUCUUGUCUGCAUACGCAAUUGGCCGCCAUUUUUUCCCUCCAGCAGCGGAACAAACUACUAUCGGCCAAGACGAGAAUGGUAUGACCCAGACACAAUACCAAAGACAGAUCAGAAUACGCACCCAAGAACAGCUCCAAGCUACCUAUGGCUUCAGAGGCAUUCCCAGGCCGUCUGUCGGGUAUCACUCCAAUCGGGAGUCUGGGAACGGCUCCAUGGUAUCCUAUUGA